ACCUUAUCCCCAUUUUCUUCCUAAAUUCAUUCUACAUACGAUUACAAAAUAAUAAUAAUAAUAAUCAAUUAUAAUUCUUGAGAAAAAUUUUCAUUAUUAUCAGGGUAAUGAAAUUGAAAGCUGAUGACAACUAAUCAAAUGUUAUAUUUCCCAUUUUCACCUCUUAAACUAACUAAUCAUCAUCAUCAGGUGAUAUGGCGGCACGUUGUUAAAUGUGCUGCCAAUCGAACUUCUCGACGAUUAAUCAAGUUAAACCCCGCUGAAGGGAAAAUUGCUAAAAAGCCAAGUAAGACUGAACAUCACUUAUGGACUAAGAGAGAUUCGGCUGCAUCUGGCCAAAAGGCACUUAAUCUUGUUCAAAUUGUUUGUGGAUUGCCAAAUGAGAAAGAGGUUGUGUAUGGGGAACUUGAUAAGUGGACAGCAUGGGAGUCGGAAUUUCCGGUCAUAGCAGUAGCCAAGGCUCUUAAUAUCCUAAAGCAGCGGAAACAAUGGAAACGAGUCAUUCAAGUGGCCAAAUGGAUGUUUGGUAAAGGCCAAGGAAUGACAAUGGGAUCAUUUGACACUCUCUUACUUGCAUUUGAUAUGGACCAAAGGGUAGAUGAAGCACAAUCAUUUUGGAACAUGAUUUUACAUACGCAUGAAAGAUCCAUUUCAAGAAGGUUGUUUUCAAGAAUGAUAUCCAUUUAUGCUCAUCAUAACAUGCCUGAAAAUAUUAUAGAGGUGUUUGCAGACAUGGAGGAACUAGGAGUAAAACCAGAUGAGGACACUGCACGGAAAGUUGCUCGUGCUUUUGAAAAAGUCGGUGAAAUGGAGAAACAAAAGCUAGUCCUUAAGAAAUAUUUGAGUGAAUGGAAAUACAUCCAUUUUAAGGGAGAACGAGUAAGGGUUAAAAGAUUUGCAUGGAGUGAAUAGAUUCAUUUGAACAAAGUUAGUUUUGGUUCCGGACUAUGUUGACCAAUUACACAAACCGACUUCGCACCCAUCUUGCUCUAAACUGAUUACUCAGCACUUUGAAGGGAAAUGGGCCGGUCCUUAAUGAGAAGUUGAAACUUUACCCCAAGGUAACCUGACACCAUCAAACUCAUAUUAGUGCUUUCUACCUCGGUUCUACGUCACUUGGCUAGUUCUUGUGAGAGACCAACAAAACUGCAACUUUAUCCAUGUGCUGCACAGUGAAAUAGUGCUAUAACUAUAAAUCUUGAAUCUGCAAUCUUUUAUAGGUGACUUCACUUCACUAUAUGUAGUCUUCAUACAUUGUAUUGUUCUGUAUAUAUCUCAUAUCAAUCGAGGGUCGGUUGAUCUAUUUAUGA